CAAGAUUAAACUACUAUUGGACACAGUUCAGAUAAGUAUAAAAAGCCAAAUAGGCAUUUCCAGACUCCAGUCAUUGCGAGCUUUCGUGAGAUUGGAGAACAUAACAAGGGUUUGGCCGUUUGGACUUUCCAAUUCCCGAUUCCGAAUAAGGAUUUUAGCUAGGUAUCGAUGAGUUUAACGGGUACAGAAAGCUCAGAAGAUGGUGCAGGGCAUCCAGAACCUCCCGAUCCUGAUGUUCUUGAAGUUGACCCUACCUGUCGCUAUAUUAGGUAUAGAGAAGUCAUCGGCAAAGGAGCUUUCAAAACUGUUUACAAGGCAUUUGACGAAGUCAAUGGAAUUGAAGUUGCAUGGAGCCAGGUUCAGAUUGAUGAUGUGCUACAGUCACCAGGUGACUUAGAGAGGUUGUACUCAGAAGUGCAUCUCCUGAGAUCACUGGAACACGAUAACAUAGUAAGAUUCUACAAUUCAUGGAUUGAUGAGAAGCACAAAACUGUUAACAUGAUUACCGAGUUGUUUACAUCGGGCAGCCUCAAACAGUAUCGGAAAAAACACAAGAAGGUUGACAUAAAGGCUAUUAAAGGAUGGGCAAAACAGAUAUUAACAGGCUUAAGCUACCUCCACAGUCACAACCCACCAAUCAUACAUAGGGACCUGAAGUGUGAUAAUAUAUUUAUCAAUGGUCAUCAGGGAGAAGUUAAAAUUGGAGAUUUGGGGCUGGCAACUUUCUUGGAGCGUACCAAUGCCAAGAGUGUUAUUGGAACCCCGGAGUUUAUGGCACCAGAGUUGUAUGAUGAAAAUUACAAUGAAUUAGCGGACAUAUAUUCAUUUGGUAUGUGCAUGCUUCAGUUGGUGACUUCUGAAUAUCCUUAUAGUGAAUGCAGAAACUCAGCUCAGAUAUACAAGAAGGUUUCAUCUGGUAUAAAACCUGUUGCACUUUCUAAAGUCAAAGAUCCAGAGGUAAAAUCCUUCAUUGAAAAAUGUCUUGUCCCAGCAUCUGAAAGAUUGUCUGCAAGGGAGCUUCUGAUGCAUUCCUUUCUUGACUUGAAUGGUUCGACAAGGAUUCAUCCUUUUCCAUUACCAGAUAUUGUUCUUCCCAAAUUUGGAGCCUUUGAAGGCCGAUGCUUGAUGUCAGAAGGUCCUACUAGUGCACGUCAUGGAACUAUUUCUAUGGAUCUUGGUGGCACGAGUGAACUACCUGUGAUCACCGUAUUUGAUAACUCUACAGAUGAUGCAUCAUCAUCUCAUUCUCCAUCUGUUGAGAUAAGAAUGCCAAAGGGAGGUGACAUAUUCUUUCUCAAAGGCCAGGAAAAUGAUGAGAAUUCUGUAUCAUUAGUUCUCCGGAUAGCCGAUCAGAGUGGAAGGGCAAGAAAUAUCCAUUUUAUAUUCUACCUUGACACUGAUACUGCUGUCUCCAUUUCAAGUGAAAUGGUUGAGCAACUUGAGCUUGCUGAACAGAAUGUCCUCUUCAUAGCUGAGUUAAUAGAUUUGUUACUGCUGAAGUUGGUUCCUGACUGGAAACCUUGUGUUUCAAUUGACCAUUUGGUUUCUCCAAAUGGUAAAUAUCAUGUGACCCAACGUAGAGCCUUGGAGUCGGCAAAAUACCAAGAAAUCCCAAAACUUUCCAGCCAAAUUGUGCCUCAAGAGUUAGGUGCCUUAACCUCAGCUGGAAGAUCAGCUGCAGACGAGAACCAUGAUAAUAUGGAUUUUGAUGAGGUUGUAUCUCAAGAGAGCAUUGGUAUGCAAAGAGCAACUAAGACAGAUGAUUUGUGUUCUGAGGUGUCGUAUGCUUCAGCAACAUCAGAACUCAACGAUAAUAAGCUUUCUGUGGCUUCAUUUAUGUCUUCUGCUGAAUCAGGACUAGCAGACUUAAACAUAACUAUACCGAAUGGAGGGAGUCAAUCCUCAUUUGUACCUGAAAUUGGGGGAUCUCCUGAUUACAGGAUCAAGUUUUCAGAAUUGGGAAGUGCUGAUACAACGAGCUUCUCUACUCAUCCUUCCUCUGUGCUUGAACGCGAGGAUGAAUUCAGAACAGAGCUAGAAAUGAUUGAACAGAAGUAUCACGAGGUAAUUAAAGAUUUUUCCAGAAGAAGAUACCAGGCCAUCAUGGAGAUUAGAAGAAGAAUGUCAGAAAAGAUGCUAUCAUCAUCAUCAUCAUCAUCAUCAUCAUCAUCGUCAUCAUAGAAUAAUCUUUGUUUUUAGCCUUUUUUUCUGGAGGGGUACAUAUUUUACCAGUCUUUUAUUAGGUAGAUUCUGUGUCCCAUCCUUCUUUCAUUACCGUGACAACUGUAAAUAGCACGGUGUGGAUGAAAAUGUUCUCUUGCCAUGGCACUCAAAUUCUAUUAUUUUAUUUUUCUGGACGACAAA